UUAUAGGGCAGAACGACGGAGCAGACGACACAUAAAUAUAUAGAGGUGCCUCGCGAAUGUCUCGUGAGUGUCUCGAGCUUUGCACGUAACGGCUUUAAUUCUACACACACCUGUGUGGACUCAGAAGUUUACCUGUAAUUUCGACAAUUCGCAGGUACAAGUUCCUACCGUUAAACCAGCGGCUUGAAGUUUCACUUCUCUAAAAAUAAUUAACCAGAAAACCUGUUGCUGACGCUGAACUGACUUCUUUUUCAAUCAAAGUCGGAUUGCUGGUUUUAACGAUGAAUUGAAACAUCAAUACGGAGUAGAGGGACAUCAUUUUAAGAAAGUGUUAUAGAACUUUGUCGGAGCGGGCUGAAUAAUGAUGGAGGUACAAUCUCAACACCAGGACCAUUGCGAAUUGCAGCCCUACGACACAGCCAAUAUCUCCCCUUAUGGCAUGACGUCAUCGUCGUCGACGUCGUCGUCUCCAGGUUCGAUCAUCUCGAGCGGCAUGUACCCGGAGUACACGGACUGGGGCCACGUCCCACAGCCAGAGCUCCACCAAUAUGUGCCCUACCCUCAGAUUCCCCAGACGGACAUCGUGGCCCCAGGGUCAUUCUGGCAGGGGGACAUGCACACCGGACUACCAUCAAAUUUUUCUUACACCACGAUGGAGCGAGUACCCAGCUACGAGUACAAUACUGGACUGAUGAACCCCGGGCCUGCUCCAAUAGUAACCGGAACCGGAACAAACGAUACAAGUUCCCACACGACAAAAUCUGGCAAGUCAAAGCGGAAACGAGUGCAAAGUGUUCCACAGCGUAGAGCUGCAAACAUCCGGGAAAGACGGCGCAUGUUCCACCUCAACGAGGCUUUCGACAGUCUCCGAAAGCGUCUGCCGGCUUUUAACUACGAGAAACGAUUAUCACGAAUCGAAACCCUUCGCCUUGCCAUGACGUAUAUAGGGUUCAUGCACGACAUCUCAGAGGGCGAGGACCCAAAGGACGUGAAACUCCAGGCCUUUAAGUCUGACAGUGAUAUUUUUGGACAACUUCGAGAGGAUGAGGAAAAUCUGUCGACGUAGCUAUAAACUGUUAAAGGUGACCCAGUGACGAUUUUAAGGACGUGACGUUCGUAUAUACCGAAAGACUAGUCAAUAUGUUUACGACCGCUACAGUGACAGUGUAUUUCAAGAGGUAUUUGAUCAUUAUUGUCCAUAAGCUACCAGUUUUUUUCUCUCAACGUAAUUUAAAGAUGCCAUACUACCAUUGAUGUUACUCAUUGCAUGUGGUCAUUCUAUUACAAGUCAGUCCUACGUACAGUUGGAAUAAGUGUUGUAAAAUAAUAACAGAAUUCUGUUAUAAAUUGGUGCAAAAUUUAUCGAAAAUCCACUAUUUUUAUAACAAUAAUUUUCAUUUUUCCUGAAAUCCUACAAUAGUUGAUUAUUUUUUCCGUCAAAACAUAAUUAGAUUUUCUUUACUAAUGCAGGAAGUGCAAGUUCAUCGUAAAGGUGAACACGUGUUAUGUUGGAAUGGUCGUCCGUUUUAAUGGACAUCAUCUUAAAUCCUAUACAUUUUUAUAUACAAAUCCACUAAGUGUUCAACUGGAGUGCAAUUUGAAUUUAAGCAUUUUUAUGAAUUCCUGAAGUCAUUAUUUUUAUGUACAUUUUAUGUGUUCAAUGGCUUUUUCACCAAAAGUGCGCUUUAUCUUUAUGCAAAAUGACAUAAUUAAUCUUGUCAAAUGUUGACUUUGAUGUCUAAUUUAACGUAUUUUAUUGUAUAUAAUAAGUGUGUUUUUUUUGUCUUUUUGUGACAAAACAGAAAACAUAUUAUC